AUGUUGCCAGUUAUAACAAAAUUUAUUGAAGGCCUUCUUCUUCUCUCGCAUUCUCUCGAAACCACUUGUGACCUCAUCGUUUUCACCUCCGAUAAGCAUAGAUUCUUCUUCCUCCUCCUCGGCAAUAGCGCGAAGCAAUCGAAGAUAAGAGACGAGAAUCAAUCAAAUCAAUGGCGUCUAACAAAAGCACACGGCGCUGUUUCCCGUCGUCGUCACCUGUCUACCGCCGCCGCUGCUGCUGCUGCUGCUUAUACAUCGGAUUAUUACGAUUGGGUUUCAUACCUGGUUGAUGUUGAGAAUUGGAAUGUUAAUUUUAUGUCAAUGAAUGGACCAAAAAGGAUUGGUGCUAUGUAUGUUAUUAGGAGGCCGAGGAUAUGAUUCGUGCCAUUGAUGAAUGGUGGAGGUUAAGAGAAGGGACAUCAUACUGGAACAUUUGCUACGCAGCAAGCUGUUGGCCUUGGGGUUGCUUGUGACUUGGCGAUGAAGGAUAUUGAGUAUGAUGAGAAGUGGAUUAAGAGGUUGCUGAAUGGGGUUAAGAGAAGCUUGAUGGGGGUUGUGGUGAAUGGUUCUAUGGAGAGUCUAUAUAUUUGAAAUCUGAAUCUGUAUCUUUUUAUGGGUUUGAAGGAAGUUGCAGUGUCUAGUACAAGUGCGAGUUUGGAGCCUUCUUAUGUGUUGAGAGCUUUGGGUGUGGAUGAGGCUAUGGCUCACACUUCGAUUAGGUUUGGGAUCGGUAAACUUACCACUGAGGAAGAGAUUGAUAAAGCGGUCAGAGUACGGUUAAACAAGUUGAGGGAGAUGAGUCCGGUUUAUGAGAUGGUUAAAGAAGGUAUUAUAAUACAAUGGUCUCAACACUGAUUCAACAGUUUCCAAGGGGAUAUGUGAGUAUGACUGGAGGAUCUGAUCCUUACUAUGUUCUGCUGGUAAUUUUAUAUCUAUAUUUGCUUUCUAGAUAGAUUCCAAGUGAGAAUGUCGUGAUAUGGUUUUGUAAUAAGCAGAGCAUAAACAACAUUAUUUUCUGGGUUGGAUUGUUGUCGUUUGUGUGAUCUAUUUGUGGGUAUUAUGAACCUUUUGGUAAAGCUAUUUUCGUUUUUGUUUUU